CCCAGCAGCUGGGGUUUCCCCUUAGCCCUUGAGUGGCCAUGUCCAAUCCCACUGCCCCGCCUCCCUAUGAGGACCGCAACCCUCUGUACCCUGGCCCUUCACCUCCUGGGGGCUAUGGGCAGCCGGCUGUCCUUCCAGGUGGAUACCCAGCUUACCCAGCCUACCCCCAGCCUGGUUACGGUCAUCCUGCUGGCUACCCACAGCCGAUGCCUCCCAUCCAUCCAAUGCCCAUGAACUAUGGCCAUGACUAUGGUGGGGAGGAGAGAGCAGGAAGUGACAACUUUGGUCCUGGAGAAUGGGACGACCGGAAAGUCCGACAUAGCUUCAUCCGAAAGGUCUAUUCCAUCAUUUCCGUCCAGCUGCUCAUCACCGUGGCCAUUAUUGCUGUCUUCACCUUUGUGGAACCAGUCAGCCAAUUUGUGAGGAGGAAUGUGGCUGUGUACUACGUGUCCUAUGCUGUCUUCAUCAUCACCUACCUGAUCCUUGCCUGCUGCCAGGGACCCAGACGCCGGUUCCCAUGGAACAUCAUUCUGCUGGCCCUCUUUACUUUGGCCUUGGGCUUUAUGACAGGCACCAUUUCCAGUAUGUACCAAACCAAAGCCGUCAUCAUAGCUAUGAUCAUCACUGCUGUGGUGUCCAUUUCUGUCACCAUCUUCUGCUUCCAGACUAAGGUGGACUUCACCUCGUGUACAGGCCUCUUUUGUGUCCUGGGAAUUGUGCUGCUAGUGACCGGGAUUAUCACUAGCAUUGUGCUGUUCUUCAAAUAUAUUUACUGGCUCCACAUGGUAUAUGCAGCUCUGGGGGCGAUUUGUUUCACCCUGUUCCUGGCAUACGACACACAGCUGGUCCUGGGGAACCGGAAGCACACCAUCAGCCCGGAGGACUACAUCACAGGCGCCCUGCAGAUCUACACGGACAUAGUCUACAUCUUCACCUUUGUGCUCCAGAUGGUGGGGAGUCGAGACUGAGAAAGAGAGAGAAAGAGAGAGAGAGAGAGAGAGAGACUUCCCCUUCACUGGCCUGGGACUCACCCUUCCCUAUUGGGCAGGGCCCCUAGGUCCCCUUGUCCCUUCAAAUAAUCUGCUCAGUUUCCUCUCCAUCCUGGGGAUCGGAGGGCCUCUGGCUGUAUUAUGUGAGAACUAAGAGUGCUGGAGUUACUGUCGGCUCUUGCCCUUGAUGGGCUCGGCAGGG